AUGACUACGGAGAGAGCAGGAGCAGACGGAGAGAAUGCUGGUUAAAUGCCGGGCCUUUGUCACCGCUCUGUCCCUCCCUGAUAUCCAAUCUGGUUUGGAGGAUAGGAAGAAUGAAUUCCCAGAGGAAUUAUGGAGCUCUCUGUGCUAACCUGUGAUCAGAGAGGUACAGCCAUGUUGUGUGUCCAUACACUGGGGUCUGAAAGUUAAACAAUACAAUAGAAUGGCAUCAAUACAAUGGCUUGACAUCUUAGAAUAAGGCACAUAUUAAUUAGCAAAUAACAAGCACUAGAGCUAAACGACUCUUCUCUGCUAUGAUAAUACAUAUAUAAUAAUACAUAUAUAACACAUACAUACAGUACCAGUCAAAAGUUUGGACACACCUAAUCAUUCCAGGGUUUUUCUUUAGUUUUACUAUUUUCUACAUUGUAGAAUAACAUUGAAGACAUAAACUAUGAAAUAACACAUAUGGAAUCAUGUAGUAACCAAAAAAGUGUUAAACAAAUCAAAAUAUAUUUGAUUUGAGAUUCUUCAAAAUAGCCACCCUUUGCCUUGAUGACAGCUUUGCACACUCUUGGCAUUCUCUCAACCAGUUUCACCAGGAAUGCUUUUCUAACAGUCUUGAAGGAGUUCCCACAUAUGCUGAGCACUUGUUGGUUGCUUUUCCUUCACUCUGUGGUCCAACUCAUCCCAAACCAUCUCAAUUGGGUUGAGGUCGGGGGAUUGUGGAGGCCAGGUCAUCUGAUGCAGCACUCCAACACUCUCCUUCUUGGUCAAAUAGCCCAUAUACAGUGGGGAGAACAAGUAUUUGAUACACUGCCGAUUUUGCAGGUUUUCCUACUUACAAAGCAUGUAGAGGUCUGUAAUUUUUAUCAUAGGUACACUUCAACUGUGAGAGAUGGAAUCUAAAACAAAAAUCCAGAAAAUCACAUUGUAUGAUUUUUAAGUAAUUAAUUUGCAUUUUAUUGCAUGACAUAAGUAUUUGAUCACCUACCAACCAGUAAGAAUUCCGGCUCUCACAGUCCUGUUCGUUUUUCUUUAAGAAGCCCUCCUGUUCUCCACUCAUUACCUGUAUUAACUGCACCUGUUUGAACUCGUUACCUGUAUAAAAGACACCUGUCCAGGCACUCAAUCAAACAGACUCCAACAUCUCCACAAUGGCCAAGACCAGAGAGCUGUGUAAGGACAUCAGGGAUACAAUUGUAGACCUGCACAAGGCUGGGAUGGGCUACAGGACAAUAGGCAAGCAGCUUGGUGAGAAGGCAACAACUGUUGGCACAAUUAUUAGAAAAUGGAAGAAGUUCAAGAUGACGGUCAAUCACCCUCGGUCUGGGGCUCCAUGCAAGAUCUCACCUCGUGGGGCAUCAAUGAUCAUGAGGAAGGUGAGGGAUCAGCCCAGAACUACACGGCAGGACCUGGUCAAUGACCUGAAGAGAGCUGGGACCACAGUCACCAAGAAAACAAUUGGUAACACACUAUGCCGUGAAGGACUGAAAUCCUGCACCGCACGCAAGGUCCCCCUGCUCAAGAAAGCACAUAUACAGGGCCGUCUGAAGUUUGCCUAUGAACAUCUGAAUGAUUCAGAGGAGAUCUGGGUGAAAGUGUUGUGGUCAGAUGAGACCAAAAUUGAGCUCUUUGGCAUCAACUCAACUCGCCGAGGAGGAAUGCUGCCUAUGACCCCGAGAACACCAUCCCCACCGUCAAACAUGGAGGUGGAAACAUUAUGCUUUGGGGGUGUUUUUCUGCUAAGGGGACAGGACAACUUCACCGCAUCAAAGGGACGAUGGACGGGGCCAUGUACCGUCAAAUCUUGGGUGAGAACCUCCUUCCCUCAGCCAGGGCAUUGAAAAUGGGUCGUGGAUGGGUAUUCCAGCAUGACAAUGACCCAAAACACACGGCCAAGGCAACAAAGGAGUGGUUCAAGAAGAAGCACAUUAAGGUCCUGGAGUGGCCUAGCCAGUCUCCAGACCUUAAUCCCAUAGAAAAUCUGUGGAGGGAGCUAAAGGUUCGAGUUGCUAAACGUCAGCCUCGAAACCUUAAUGACUUGGAGAAGAUCUGCAAAGAGGAGUGGAACAAAAUCCCUCCUGAGAUGUGUGCAAACCUGGUGGCCAACUACAAGAAACGUCUGACUUCUGUGAUUGCCAACAAGGGUUUUGCCACCAAGUACUAAGUCAUGUUUUGCAGAGGGGUCAAAUACUUAUUUCCCUCAUUAAAAUGCAAAUCAAUUUAUAACAUUUUUGACAUUCAUUUUUCUGGAUUUUGUUGUUGUUAUUCUGUCUCUCACUGUUCAAAUAAACCUACCAUUAAAAUUAUAGACUGAUCAUGUCUUUGUCAGUGGGCAAACGUACAAAAUCAGCAGGGGAUCAAAUACUAUUUUCCCUCACUGUAUAUCUAGAAUUUAAUUUGUGCACUCGAUUUUUAUAUUUAUAUAUAUAUAUAUAUAUGUGAUUCAAAACGAGACACAAAAUGGCUAGCAACAACUUAUCUAGCUAGCCAGCUAAUAUGACAGGAAAAGCUACUUAGCUAGCAUAACAACGAGUGCAUAAAAUACUACAUGACAAAAAAAUGAUGACAACUCCGUUAGGGAACAUCAGGAAACAAAUACUGUACUCACAGUUGUUGCAUCCGCUCCACAGCUGCAAAAAAAAGAUUGCAGUAAUUUUGCAGUGUAACUGCAGUUAGAGUGAAAUACCACAGUCCACUGCAGUUACUGCACUUUUACUGCAGUUUUCAAAACUGCAAUCUUUUUUUGUAAAGGGAGGUGGCGAGCUGAGCUUUGGGAUGAAUGUGAUGAGCUGACAAGAGUUUGUGUUUAUAAAUGUUUGCUGUUCUUCCCACAGAGGUUAUGAAGCCUCAGGAGGGCGAGCUAGUCAGUGAGAUCUCCAAGGUAAACCUGUUUACUCCCUGAUUAUCCUCCCUCACCAUGUUAACUACCUCCUGUGUAUUCACUAUGUUACCUACCUCCUGUGUAUUCACCAUGUUAACUACCUCCUGUGUAUUCACCAUGUUAACUACCUCCUGUGUAUUCACCAUGUUAACUACCUCUUGUGUAUUCACCAUGUUACCUACCUCCUGUGUAUUCACCAUGUUUUAGAGCACACCCAAAGUCUGGUUUGCGUCCUAAAUGACACCCUAUUUGAUAUAUAGUGCACUACUUUUGACCAGGGCACUAUAUAGGGAAUAGGGUGCCAUUUGGGACACAGGUCUGACCAUCUCUGACCAUCUCUGAUAUAGCUACCUCCUCAUAGUUUCCUCUGCUUUAUGUUGUAGCCUGUACACUGUGUUGUGUUAUCUAAUUGAAUGUUGAUCUUUUUAAUGUUGACAGGCUGUGGAAACACUUUUCCUUUCUGAGGACAAUGGCCACGCACACACUCAGGUUGGACAACUGAUGCAUAAUGCAUUUGACACAAUGGUUGUGAUACAACUGAUAUUUAUGGUGAAACAAUAGAAAAAGCUUGUGUGCAGUUUAAACUCUCCGUUGUGUCACAACGGUUUCGCCAAAUGCGUUGCAAAUCAGUUGUACAACCUGCGUGUGUACAGGGCCCAUAAAAUAGGCAUCGAGUUGACACAAUGGUUGUGAUACAACUGAUAUUUUUUUGUUGGUGAUGCAAUGGAGAGUUUGUCUGUACACAAAUGUUUACACAACCAUUGUGUGACCACUGUCUAUUUAUACUGAACAAAAAUAUAAACGCAACAUGCAACAAUUUCAAAGAUUUUACUGAGUUACAGACAGUUCGUAUAAGGAAAUCACUCAAUUGAAAUACAUUAAUUAGGGCCUAAUCUAUGGAUUUCACAUGACUGGGAAUACAGAUAUACAUCUGUUGGUCACAGAUACCUUAAAAAAAAGGUAGGGGCUUGGAUCAGAAAACCAAUCAGUAUCUGGUGUGACCACCAUUUGCCAUGCAGCACGACACAUUUCCUUCGCAUAGAGUUGAUCAGGCUGUUGAUUGUGGCCUGUGGGAUGUUGUCCCACUCCUCUUCAAUGGCUGUGCGAAGUUGCUGGAUAGUGGCGGGAACUGGAACACGCUGUCGUACACGUCGAUCCAGAGCAUCCCAAACAUGCUCAAUGGGUGACGUCUGGUGAGUAUGCAGGCCAUGGAAGAACUGGGACAUUUUCACCUUCCAGGAAUUGUGUACAGAUCCUUGCGACAUUGGGCCGUGAAUUAUCAUGCUGAAACAUGUGAUGAUGGUGGUGGAUGAAUGGCACGACAAUGGUCCUCAGGAUCUCAUCACGGUAUCUCUGUGCAUUCAAAUUGCCAUCAAUAAAAUGCAAUUGUGUUCAUUGUCCGUAGCUUAUGCCUGCCCAUUCCAUAAGAUUAUCUUGGCAAAGGAGACAUGCUCACUAACAGGGAUAUAAACACAUUUGUGCACCACAUUUUGGAGAAAUAAUAUUUUUGUCCGUAUGGAACAUUUCUGGGAUGUUAUAUUUCAGCUCAUGAAACAUGGGACCAACACUUUGCAUGUUGCUUUUAUAUUUUUGUUCAGUGUGUGUGUUAUUUUGCCUUUAUUUAACCAAGUAAGGCCUCGAUUCAAGCCGCAUUGUCGCCAACCCACGAUCGGAUUGAGUCCUGGCCUAAGUCAUUGAGAACACAUUCUCUUUUACUAUAACGACCUGACACUAUCUAUCUAUCCAUGUCCUGUAUCUGUUCAUCCAUCCAUCCAUCCAUCCAUCCAUCCAUCCAUCCAUCCAUCCAUCCAUCCAUCCAUCCAUCCAACCAUCAGCUCCAGGGCCUGGUGUCAGAGCUGAAGGUGGGCUUCUCCAGCGCUCUGUAUGAGCUGAGUCAGAUCCAGCAUGGAGACAGUGAUAUCAGGGAGGAGGUGGGGGAGGCCCGGAGGAGCUGUGAGAGAAAGGCCCUGCGCAUGGAGACCCUGGUCGAAUCUCUCAGGGUGAGAUGGAGUUCAAGCAGGUUAUGAUACCAAAGAGAUGGGUCCCCAGGAACAUUGCCUUUGAAUGGCGCAUAGUCGACAACGCUCUACAAAGUGUGAUCGGAUUUAAUCUCGGCCAAGGCUUUUAUAAGAGCAUAGAGACUAUGGAACGAGGAUCACGAUCUUGCUAAAACAACAACCCAGAGAAGAUUAUGUAAACAUUCAAUAAUUUUUACCCCACAGGAUGAACUGGGAGAGAUGCGUUGCCAGAUCCUGCAACUCUGUGGCAGCAGCAGGCAGAGGCCUCCUAUGCAGCAGGAGGUAAAGGUGACACAAUCAUCUCUGGCAACCCAGAGAGACAGGUAAACAGUAAAAUGUCCAUACAGACACCACUAAAUCGUCUGUAGAUAGUAAUGAUUGAUUAAUAUGCUGGUCUUUAUCAAGAUAUACCGUAGCUUGUCGUCAAAGCAUUAAUACAUGUGUUGCAUUAGAUCGAUAGUGUCCAGCAGCUAUCUAGCCUGGGUACCAGUUUGUUUCUGCUAUCAUUCCACUCCUUGUCAUCCCAAAUGUUUGGCAAUGACACGGAGUACAAGGAGUGGAAUGGUAUAGCACAUAACAGGUUCUGGAUUUCAGGCUAGCAGCCAUCUUCUUUUCUUGCCAAAGUGUGUUUUAGGAGAAUCUAGGCACCCAGAUUGAUUUCUAUCUGGUAGUAAUGCAGGUCUUUACUAUCUGGUAGUAAUACAGGUCUUUACUAUCUGGUAGUAAUACAGGUCUUUACUAUCUGGUAGUAAUACAGGUCUUUACUAUCUGGUAGUAAUACAGGUCUUUACUAUCUGGUAGUAAUACAGGUCUUUACUAUCUGGUAGUAAUACAGGUCUUUACUAUCUGGUAGUAAUACAGGUCUUUACUAUCUGGUAGUAAUACAGGUCUUUACUAUCUGGUAGUAAUACAGGUCUUUACUAUCUGGUAGUAAUACAGGUCUUUACUAUCUAGUGGUAAUACAGGUCUUUACUAUCUGGUGGUAAUACAGGUCUUUACUAUCUGGUAGUAAUACAGGUCUUUACUAUCUGGUAGUAAUACAGGUCUUUACUAUCUGGUAGUAAUACAGGUCUUUACUAUCUGGAAGUAAUACAGGUCUUUACUAUCUGGUAGUAAUACAGGUCUUUACUAUCUGGUAGUAAUACAGGUCUUUACUAUCUGGUAGUAAUACAGGUCUUUACUAUCUGGUAGUAAUACAGGUCUUUACUAUCUGGUAGUAAUACAGGUCUUGUGGUGAAUGGGAGGAGGCACUGUGAGUGCAGUGCCAGCAGCAGCACAUCAUCGUCUUCUAACAGGGGCAGAGUCCUGCUCCACUGCUACCUGCAGGGGCUCAAGGCAGGGAUGUGUGAGGGGACAGGUGGGUCCAAGCUGUUUUAUACACUCUCUCUGUAAAGCCUUAACUCAACGUUUCCCAAACUCGUUCCUGGGGAACGCCAAGGAGUGCACUUUUUUUCUUUUUUUUGCCUUAGCACUACACAGCUGAUUUUAAAAUAAUCAACAUCAUCAUCAAGCUUAGAUUAUUUGAAUCAGUUCCGCUAGGGCAAAAAAACUAAAACGUGCACUUCUUGGGGUCCCCAGGACCGACUUUGGGAACCGCGGCCUUAACUUGUUUAUUCGGAUGCGGCAAAAAAAGGUAUUCAAAAAAGGAUCUCAGAGUAUGAGCGCUGAUCCAGGAUCAGUUUGGCUUUUUAAAUCAGAGGGGUGGGGGGGGGGACUUGAUCCUGUAUCAUCACUCCUACUUUGAAAACGUUAUGAACAUUGGCCCAGAUUUCUAUAAGAGCUUUUAGUCUCAUAAUAUUGUUUCUAUUUAGAAGUUGAUAGUUUGAAGUACAACAGACCGACGUAGCUACUGCAGUAGGUCAAAGCUGUGUCCUGGAAAAACCUUGGUAGAGCAUGGGUGGAGUAGGCGUUGUGGUGCUAAUGUGAAUUUCCUUUCUUUUUCUGCUUCAGACCGAUGCCUACUUCUCACUUAAAACGCAUUUGUUUGUUUUUUAAUUUCCAUGGUUUUUACACUGGCAGGUGAUUUUUUUCUGUUAAAGGUGCAUCCUACAUUUCCACAUGCAAAGGCAGAUUUGUUUUGAGCAACCAAAAGUCUGUUAUUGGCAGUGCUAUUGUAACCUUUAACUUGGCCUCUGCCAAAAGGUCUUCAUGGCACAGGUGGUGUGCUUGCAUAACUACAAGGGUUGCUGGUUUAAACCCUGGUCUGCUGGCUAUUGCCCUCUAAUAGCUAAAAUCAGUUUUCAACAAACUAUUAAAUUAUGUGUAGAAUUUACCAUGGAUAGUCAAAAGUAAUUGUCUGCAGAUUUCAGAAGGUGAAUAGCUCAAAUGAUUGCGACAUUGUAAAAUAUGACUAAAUUCCCAUUUGAAAGCAGAGUAAAAGAAAACGGUUUUGUCAUUGACUUUUGAAGGUCGGAUAACUCCGCCACAGACACUAAACAUAUCCCUAUGUACACUAGAGCUGCAUCUUUCUUGUGCCUUCUGCAUCUUGUUUCUAGCCAAAACCCUUACAAAAAAGGUACACAGAGUUGUGAAAUAUUUUUUUUUGUACUAAACCAAGAUAGACCACAGCCCGUCGUUUCAAAUGGGAACAAUUGAGUCAUAGUGGGCAGAACAAGCAAGGAUGUAGGCAGAGCCAUGUACGAGCUAGCGAGAUCCUAUUGGCGCGUUCUAGCAUACAUGUGCAUAUUUCAGUUAGCGAACGCCUACUCUCUGAAGUGUGCAAUAGCUAAAUUCACCUUUGCACUCCUUCUAAACAACGCACUUUUUUCAAACUAAGGCAAAAGGGGAAAAGUCUACAAAACUUAUUCCACUCUGUUCGUAACAUAUAUUCUAGUUUUGGGAACAGAAAAUUGUAUUGAGAUCAAACGUUUCAAUCGAUGAGAAAAUGUGCAGAAUGUCGGCCAAAAUCCAUCUCGCUCCGUCUUCUCCCACGGAGCCAUAUUUGGUAGUGAGUGGAAACACAAAGCGGAUGCUUCACAUUUAUACAUCUGGUGAAAUAUCUGUCUCAUUCUUCUCUGUGGUUGUGUCCUGUCUGACAGUGAAAAGUGGCUAGCUCUUACCGUAGCUUGGACUAUGGCAUAGCUAGCUAGCUAAUGUUGCAAAAGCCUAUUGCAUGCAUUGUAAGGUAGCAGCAUGACAAUUUGCCGAAAGUUUGGUGUUGAACUGAUUUUGCUAGAUCUGAUUUGGCUAGCUAGCAGUUUUGUGGGAAAAUGUAGGACUGGCAUUUGGACGUGAGCUAGUUAAUGUUAGCUAGCUACUGUGUUGAGGUUAGCUGCUGUUGUCUGGUUCUAGCUAGUGUCGAAACCCCCUUUAAACCAAUGCUCAAUCGAAUCUACCUAUCCCAAGAACAGUCGAUUAUUCCCUGUCUCAGUUCAGGGGGCCCCAGAAAAGGCUGAUUAUUCCCUGUCUCAGUUCAGGGGCCCCAGAUUAUUCCCGUCUCAGUUCAGGGGGCCCUGAAAGGUUAUUCCCUGUCUCAGUUCAGGGGGCCCCAGAAAAGGCUGAUUAUUCCCUGUCUCAGUUCACCCCCAGAAAAGGCUGAUUAUUCCCUGUCUCAGUUCAGGGGGCCCCAGAAAAGGCUGAUUAUUCCCUGUCUCAGUUCAGGGGGGCCCCAGAAAAGGCUGAUUAUUCCCUGUCUCAGUUCAGGGGGGCCCCAGAAAAGGCUGAUUAUUCCCUGUCUCAGUUCACCCCCAGAAAAGGCUGAUUAUUCCCUGUCUCAGUUCAGGGGGCCCCAGAAAAGGCUGAUUAUUCCCUGUCUCAGUUCAGGGGGCCCCAGAAAAGGCUGAUUAUUCCCUGUCUCAGUUCAGGGGGCCCCAGAAAAGGCUGAUUAUUCCCUGUCUCAGUUCAGGGGGCCCCAGAAAAGGCUGAUUAUUCCCUGUCUCAGUUCAGGGGCCCCCAGAAAAGGCUGAUUAUUCCCUGUCUCAGUUCAAGGGGCCCCAGAAAAGGCUGAUUAUUCCCUGUCUCAGUUCAGGGGGGCCCCAGAAAAGGCUGAUUAACCUUAACAUCCCCUAGCUGUGUCUAGCCUGUUUGAUAUCUCAGGCUAAACAAGAAGGAUUUAAAGUUUAGCGGGCAAUCCUCUGCACCUAGUACCUAUGUUACCUAACACUUUCCUAUGCAAGAGCUUCCACCGUAAACUAUUCUGGCUGAUUAAAUCCUUCUCAAACCCUGACUAAUGCAAUAUUACAUAGGCUGUGACUAGAUCCUUUGACUCCAGAAAUUCUGAUUUGUUUAUUUAUUCAAAAUUCCAAACAAGCAGAGUAGUCCCAGUUUUAUCACAAAAUCACACAAGCGUGAUAAAUGUACAUAAAUAAGAUACCUUCAGCACCUUGAACUCGCAUCCCUAUAGGACUACCGAUACACCGUUUUUUGUCUAGUACAAUUAUGAGAAUCACAAUAUUUUAAUAACAAGAAAAAAGGUCUUACCUUCUAAAACUACAAUUCAGUAUUGUCCUUCCCACCCCCCAAGAUAAAAUGGCUCUCAGAGUAAAAUGAAAACGUAAACAAUUAUUUUGUAACACUAGCAAUGAAGAUUAUAAUAUGGUUUUAAAUACCUCAAUGGAUCAUCAUGGAAGUCACAUUACAAAUUAUCACCCUCAUGCACUUAAGGAAAUCACAAAUGUCAUGGAUAUAUUGGAACUAGUGGAUAUAUAUGGAGGCUUAAAUAUCCUGACCUAGUGAGAUAUACGUGGCGGAGACUCAAUCAAGCUGGUCGUCUUCAAUACUUUCUUAUGUCAAUCUCGCUGGCACCAAAAGUUUCAAAAGGGGACAGAAUGCGGUCGGACUGGGAGACUAGUCAGGAUCGAGGCAAAGAUGAACGGAGCAAAGUACAGAGAGAUCCUUGAUGAAAACCUGCUCCAGAGCGCUCAAGACCUCAGACUGGGGCGAAGGUUCACCUUCCAACAGGACAACGACCCUAAGCACACAGCCAAGACAACGCAGGAGUGGCUUCGGGACAAGUCUCUGAAUGUCCUUGACUGGCCCAGCCAGAGCACGGACUUGAACCUGAUCGAACAUCUCUGGAGAGACCUGAAAAUAACUGUGCAGCAACGCAGAGCUUGAGAGGAUCUGCAAAGAAGAAUGAGAGAAACUCCCCAAAUACAGGUGUGCCAAGCUUGUAGCGUCAUACCCAAAAAGACUUGAGGCUGUAAUCGCUGCCAAAGGUGCUUCAACAAAGUACUGAGUAAAGGGUCUGAAUACUUAUGUAAAUGUGAUAUUUCAGUUUUUAUUUUUAAUAAAUUAGCAACAAUUUAUAAAAACCUGUUUUUGCUUUGUCAUUAUGGGGUAUUGUGUGUAGAUUGAUGAGAAAAAAAACGAUUUAAUAAAUUUUAGAAUAAGGCUGUAACCUAACAAAAUGUGGAAGAAGUCAAGGGGUCUCAAUACUUUCCGAAUGCACUAUAUAUACACUACCGUUCAAAAGUUUGGGGUCACUUAGAAAUGUCCUUGUUUUCGAAAGAAAAGCAAUUUUUUUGUCCAUUUGAAAUAACAUCAAAUUGAUCAGAAAUACAGUGUAGACAUUGUUAAUUUUGUAAAUGGCUAUUGUAGCUGGAAACUGCUGAUUUUUUUAUGGAAUAUCUACAUAGGCGUACAGAGGCCCAUUAUCAGCAACCAUCAGUUCUGUGUUCCAAUGGCACGUUGUGUUUGCUAAUCCAAGUUUAUCAUUUUAAAAGGCUAAUUGACCAUUAGAAAACCCUUUUGCAAUUAUUUUAGCACAGCUGAAAACUGUUGAUUAAAGAAGACUAGUUGAGUAUCUGGAGCAUCAGCAAUUGUGGGUUCGAUUACAGGCUCAAAAUGGCCACAAACAAAUAACUUUCUUCUGAAACUCGUCAGUUUAUUCUUGUUCUGAGAAUUGAAGGCUAUUCCAUGCAAGAAAUUGCCAAGAAACUGAAGAUCUCGUACAAGACUGUGUACUACUCCCUUCACAGAACAGCGCAAACUGUCUCUAACCAGAAUAGAAAGAGGAGUGGGAGGCACCGGUGCACAACUGAGGAAGAGGACAAAUACAUUAGAGUGUCUAGUUUGAGAAACAGCCGCCUCACAGGUCCUCAACUGGCAGCUUCAUUAAAUAGUACCCGCAAAACACCAGUCUCAACGUCAACAGUGAAGAGGCGACUCCGGGAUGCUGACCUUCUAGGCAGAGUUGCAAAGAAAAAGCCAUAUCUCAGACUGGCCAAUACAAAUAUAAGAUUAAGAUGGGCAAAAGAACACAGACACUGGACUUUUUCUUUGCAACUCUGCCUAGAAGGUCAGCAUCCCAGAGUCACCUCUUCACUGUUGACUUUGAGACUGGUGUUUUGCGGGUACUAUUUAAUGAAGCUGCCAGUUGAGGACCUGUGAGGCGCCUGUUUCUCAAACUAGACACUAAUGUAUUUGUCCUCUUGCUCAGUUGUGCACCGGGGCCUCCCACUCCUCUUUUUAUUCUGGUUAGAGCCAGUUUGCAUUGUAGAAUAAUAGUGAAAACAUCAAAACUAUGAAAUAAUACAUAUGGAAUCAUGUAGUGACCAAAAAAAGUGUUAAACAAAUCAAAAUAUAUUUUAUAUUUGAGAUUCUUCAAAUAGCCACCCUUUGCCUUGAUGACAGCUUUGCAAACUCUUGGCAUUCUCUCAGUCUAGCUGCUGGACUUUGGACAAGCACGCUAACAUUAGCUAACAUUAGCUAGGUAACGUUAGCUAAUCGAAAUAUCUGCAAACCGAGUUGUUUCGACCAGGUGUUAGAACUCUGAGCUUGAGGCUGAGAAAUAUGUUAGAAUUGUCAGAAAUGCUACAAAAAGUAGCACAUUGUUGGUUCUUAAUGGUCAGAAAUAAGCACGUGAGAGCAAAAACUAUACAUUUAAAGAAAACAGUUGCACUUACACAUUUUGUCGAUCCGACAUAAAAAAAAAAUCCAAUGGUCACUUUAUGGGCACUAUAUUCUCGAUUUAAUCCGACGUCUAGAAUUUGAGCUAGCUAGGUCGCCGCACACAAUUCUCUGAAAACGCUGCAAGUUCGAGGACAGUUUAAGUGCCAUAACAGUUAAACAUGCAUAGUUUAAGUGAAAAUAAAUUCAACAUAAACCUGCGACCAGAGAAAACCCUCCCAAUACCACCCAUUCCCCGUGGGCCUGAAAGCAAUGAAAGUUCAAGUAUAUACAGUGUGUAUAUACAGCGUAGUUCGUAUGUAUUUGUUGGGCUUUAUGAUUUUUUUUUCUCCGAUCCUUUAGCUGAGAUUUAUUCUUUACAGAGUUAAGAACAUUUGUCCAGACCUCAUUUUGUUCCUCCUUGAUUUGCACAUUUUCAUCGACCAUUGAGCUUCAACCAAAGCCUAUAUUGCCGUGAUACACCAGCUUCUCUUCCAUAGAUGCAAGGCACCAGGUGACGAUGCAGCUUCUCCACUCAGAAUGGGAAUACGUGUCGACCUUAAACCAGCUCUACGACAAGUACAGAACACCUCCAGCUCUUCAGAUGGACCUGGAGCCAUAGUAAGGACCAACCAAACCAGUCAACACAACACCAUGUGUGCGUCCCAACUAGUACCCUUAUUCCCUAGAUAUUCCCAAAAGUAGUGCACUGUCUAGGGAAUAAGGUGCCAUUUGGGACUGAACCAAUGCUGUGUGAAUUAUUAUGGGGAUUAUAAUUAAAUGGAAAUUUUUGUAGGGUUUGAUACAUUUUUCGUAAAAAGGAAAAUCAAGUCUGAAAUUUCAAAGUGGAAAUUACAAACUUCAGAAGCCUUUUAAACCUCAAAUAAAACGACACGUUUUACAUUUCCUGCAUUGCAGGAAAGGUCUCCUGCAACAGAGUGAUCAAAUUAAGAUCCUACAUCUGUAGGCUGCGUCCCAAAUGGCACCCUUCUCCCUAGCUACUUUUGACCAGAGACCUAUGGGCCCUAGCUAUAGAAAAUAGGGUGCCAGCCUCCCGAGUGGCGCAGCAGUCUAAGGCACUGCAUCGCAGUGCUUGAGGCGUCACUACAGACCCGGGUUCGAUCCCAGGCUGUGUCACAGCUGGCCGUGACCGGGAGACCCAUGAGGCGGCGCACAAUUGGCCCAGCGUCGUCCGGGUUAGGGGAGGGUUUGGCCGGCCGGGAUUUACUUGUCCCAUCGCGCUCUAGCGACUCCUUGUGGCGUGCCCGGGCACCUGCAAGCUGACUUUGGUCGCCAGUUGGUUUCUUCCGACACAUUGGUGCGGCUGGCUUCCGGGUUAAGCGAGCAGUGUGUCAAGAAGCAGUGCGGCUUGGCAGGGUCGUGUUCCGGAGGACGCGUGGCUCUCGACCUUCGCCACUCCCGAGUCCGUAGGGGAGUUGCAGCGAUGGGACAAGACUGUAACCAUCAAUUUGGAAAUCAUGAAAUUGGGGAGAAAAACUAGUAUAAGUACAAAAAACAUUUGGGAUGCAGACACCCUGGUAAUUACCUAUCAAUCAAUAGUCAGGCCAUAUUGAUUGGUAGCUGGAUUGAGGUAUUGACGUCCCUUAAAAACGUUGUUUUUUCCUGUAGUCAGAAGUACCUGAAGUUUGUGGAGGAGUUGCUGCAGCGCCACCUGCUGUUCAGAAACACACUGGAGCAGAGGCUGUCUGCUCAGGACUGGAAAGGCCUUGUGGGAGACAUCUUCGUCCAACUUGUAGGCCACAAUGAUGUAAGUACAGCAAUGUACAGAGAUCCCAUCUUGACUAUCUCUUUUUGGUUGUUCUUUCAAACUGUAGAGAUUACAAUAUAUAUCUAUCUCCUCCUCACAACCAUCUCUGUUUGUCUCCUCUAGUCAUCUUUCUUGGACAUGUACCAUGGAUACACGACAGCCCUGGCCACGUUCCUUUCUAUAGAAUUCAACAGAAUAAUGCUCAAUGGGAAAAUGCACAACACACAGGUAGGUAAUCCUUAGGUUUACUGGAUCUUUAACGUCCUCUCUUUCAAACUGAUGGUAGUGAGUGAGUAGUAGUCUGAAUAUGCCCACAUUUAUUAAAACUAAAUGCAUGCUCUUCAAUCGAACGCUGCUUGCACCCGCCCCGCCCGACUAGAAUCACUACUCUCGGCGGGUCUGACUUAGAAUAUGUGGACAACUACAAAUACCUAGGUGUCUGGUUAGACCGUAAACUCUCCUUCCAGACUCACAUUAAGCAUCUCCAAUCCAAAGUUAAAUCUAGAAUCGGCUUCCUAUUUCGCAACAAAGCCUCCUUCACUCAUGCUGCCAAUCAUGCCCUCGUAAAACGGACUAUCCUACCGAUCCUUGACUUCGGCGAUGUCAUUUACAAAAUAGCCUCCAACACUCUACUCAGCAAAUUGGAUGUAGUCUAUCACAGUGCCAUCCGUUUUGUCACCAAAGCCCCAUAUACUACCCACCACUGUGACCUGUACGCUCUCGUUGGCUGGCCCUCACUACAUAUUCGUCGCCAAAUCCACUGGCUCCAGAUCAUCUAUAAAUCACUGCUAGGCAAAUCCCCGCCUUAUCUUAGCUCAUUGGUCACCAUAGCAACACCCACCCGUAGUCUGCGUUCCAGCGGGUAUAUCUCAAUGGUCAUCCCCAAAGCCAACACCUCCUUUGGCCGCCAUUCCUUCCAGUUCUCUGCUGCCAAUGACUGGAACUAACUGCAAAAAUCUCUGGAGCUGGAGACUCUUAUCUCCCUCACUAACUUUAAGCAUCAGUUGUCAGAGCACCUUACCGAUCACUGCACCUGUACACAGCCCAUCUGAAAUUAGCCCACCCAACUACCUCAUCCCCAUAUUGUUAUUUAUUUUGCUCGUUUGCACCCCAGUAUCUCUAUUUGCACAUCAUCUUCUGCACAUCUAUCACUCCAGUGUUAAUACUAAAUUAUAAUUGUAAUUAUUUUGCACUAUGGCCUAUUUAUUGCCUUACCUCCAUAACUUACUACAUUUGCACACACUGAAUAUAGAUUUUCUAUUGUGUUAUUGACUGUACGUUUUGUUUAUUCCCAUAUGUAACUCUGUGUUGUUGUUUUUAAUCGCACUGCUUUGCUUUAUCUUGGCCAGGUCGCAGUUGUAAAUGAGAACUUGUUCUCAACUGGCUUACCUGGUUAAAUAAAGGUGAAAUAAAAUAAAUACAAAUAAAUUAUGUUGUUACAGAGCUAUCAGAAGGAAAGAGAGGAGGUCCAACUGUUCUCUCUGCUGUUGGCACCAGUCUCUCGGAUCCACAGCUAUCUAACCCUUAUUCAGGUGGGUCUACUUCUCCUCCUCGUCUCUCCAUCACAGCCAAUCUAGGAAUGAUAUCUCAAAUGGACAGGUGCACUGAGCAGAAGUAUGACUCGGUUGAUUGAGCGUGGCCCUUGCAACGGCAGGGUCGUGGGCUCAAUUCCCGCUGGGGCCGCCAUAUUAAUAUGUACGCACUACUGUAACUUGCUUUGGAUAAAAGCGUCUGCUAAACUGAAUAUAUAUUUUUAUAUUAUUGCGGUUCUCUGACUGAAACCUGUUCCCCUUUAUAGAGUCUGUUGCAGUGGACUGGCAGUGAUCACCCAGACUGCAGCCUCCUCCAGGGGUCAGAGAGGGUCCUGAGGAGCAUCCUUUCCCGCUGUCACCUCAUCCUGGAGGAGGAUGUCCGAUGGGUGGACGGAGGAGGAAUGGCCGGGCCCAGGUUAGUAAGAGCCACUCGCUGGGUGCGUCCCAAAAAGGCACCCUAUUCCCUAUAUAGUGCACUACUUUAGACCAGAGAAUGGCACCCUAUUCCCUAUGUAGUGCACUACUUUAGACCAGAGAAUGGCACCCUAUUCCCUAUAUAGUGCACUACUUUAGACCAGGGCUCUAUGUGUUGGUUUCUCAGUGGCUCUGGUCAAAAGUUGUGCACUAUAUAGGGAGUAGGGUGCCAUUUCACACGGAAUCACUGAAUCAUUUCAGAACUAAAUGACAUGUGCACAAUGGCCAGCUACUCAAUUUUACUGUUAAUAUUCUGUCAUGAGAGACCAUUCACUGAGAGACGGUCAUACAGACAGACGGUCAUACAGAGAGACGGUCAUACAGAGAGACGGUCAUACAGACAGACGGUCAUACAGACAGACGGUCAUACAGACAGACGGUCAUACAGACAGACGGUCAUACAGACAGACGGUCAUACAGACAGACGGUCAUACAGACAGACGGUCAUACAGAGAGGCGGUCAUACAGAGAGACGGUCAUACAGACAGACGGUCAUACAGACAGACAUGCUUAUUUUAAGAUCUGCCUGAAACACGCCAUAUUGGAGUGUCCGGACCGUCACCACUCAGCAGUUCCUCUGUGUUUCAGUGGCAGCUGCCCUGCCUGUCCCUGUGCCAAGUCGUGCGAUCGCAGAAGCCAGCUCUGCCCUGCCAGGGACACACAGACACACAGACAGGAGUCCCACGAUGCUGCUGGGAAACGGUGAGUGUGUUUGUCGCCAUCUGGUGGCCUGGGAGGGUAAGCGCCCUCUAGAGGCACAAUGCAGAACAUACACCGGGGUCACGUUCAGUAGUGAAACGUUGUCGAACGUUGCAGAUAGAAAUGCCACAAAUAGAGCCGACAUGAUUACUUGUUGUACAUUUCAGAAAGGCAUGUUUUGUUCUACAAAAUGUCUGCUGAAAUGGCAUAGUAUGCAACAACGUGUCUGUGUGUACUCACUGUACUUAUUACUGCAUUGGAUAAAAGUGUCUGCUACCUGUAAGUGUCAUGUUAUGAUGUGAAGCUAUUUAAUGUGAUCUCUCUCCCUAGAGAAGAACAACAACUCGGCACACGUCGAUCUAGCUGUGCCGCCGGCUGCCAGAGCAUCCCUGUUGCCUGUUGGCCUACCGGUAGUGUACGGAAGAAGAGUUGUUACAGAGACAGGCCCGGGGGGACCCUCCAGUCUCACCUCCAUGACUCCUGUGGCCUGGCUGGACUGGUCUACGGUGGGGACACCGCCUCCUUCCUCCACGCGGCACCCCCUGGGUGGGGGGACAGCGACUCUGGACAGGAGACUCCUAGCCAGGCUACAGGGGUUAUGGGACAGGAAGGACAUGGACACGGCCCACAGACCCCUGGUCCUCACAUGGUCCAGAGAAGCACUGAUGACUGUGACACGGAGGAGGACGUUGGGGACACCUCCGUGUUCGACUACUCCUCUGUUACCACUUGUAGCCCAGACGGGACCUUGAGGAGGGAGGGGGAAGUGAGUAACACCGAGGAGGACGAUGAGGAGGAGGAGGAGGAGGACACAGACAGUCAGGUGCCUGUUCUGUUGAAGCCCUCGUACACGCAGCAGCAGCAGCUGAGGGAUUCACCCAGAGAACGGACGGUGUGUCUGAGGUGGCAGAUCCCCAGGCUGCCGUACCCCUCUCCUCGAAGUCCUCGACACCAGGCAGGACCAGCGGGCCUGGAGGGACCGGGUCAGACACCAGGGCUACCAGGACUCUGUGGGAACAGAGUCAUCAGCGUGACUAAGGGACCACCUCCUCUCCUCCCCGCCAGUGUCUUCAGACCCAUCUGGGAUGAACCACCAAAACAGGUAUUUAUCCAUCUCUAUGCAGCCCUGGCUGUGUUCAAUCAGUGGGCGUGUUGUCGUCAAGCGCAAUGCACUCUGGGUCGACAACGCGCCUUUUAAAAAGGCACUUUUCCCGACGUUCCCAGAGAUCGCACUCAUGGCGAACGCUUCGGAUGUAAGGCCAAGCGUAAAUGACUUAAAAGUCAAAGUGCAACAAUCCUGGCCCCUGUCUAGUAGUGUAUGCACACAUGACUGGAAGUCCCUUUGGAUGAAAGCGUCUGCUAAAUGGCAAGAAUUAUUUAUAUAUAUAUAUAUAUAUAUAUAUAUAUAGAUAGAUAGUACCAGUCAAAAGUUUGGACACACCUACUUACUCCAGGGUUUUUCUUUAUUUUUACUAUUUUCUACAUUGUAGAAUAAUAGUGAAGACAUCAAAAUUAUGAAAUUACACAUAUGGAAUCAUGUAGUAACCAAAAAAGUGUUAAACAAAUCAAAAUAUAUUUGAGAUUCUUCAAAGUAGCCACCCUUGGCCUUGACAACAGCUUUGCACACUAUUGGCAUUCUCUCAACCAGCUUCAUGAGGUAGUCACCUGGAAUGCAUUUCAAUUAACAGGUGUGCCUUGUUAAAAGUUGUGGAAUUUAUUUCCUUCUUAAUGUGUUUGAGCCAAUCAGUUGUUUUGUGUCAAGGUAGGGGUGGUAUACAGAAGAUAGCCCUAUUUGGUAAAAUACUAAGUCCAUAUUACGGAAAGAACAGCUCAAAUAAGCAAAGAGAAACGACAGUCCAUCAUUGUCCUGUUGAAAAACAAAUGAUAGUCCAACUAAGUGCAAACCAGAUGGGAUGGCGUAUCGCUGCAAAAUGCUGUGGUAGCCAUGCUGAUUAAGUGUGCCUUGAAUUCUAAAUAAAUCACAGACAGUGUCACCAGCAAAGCACCCUCACACCAUAACACCUCCUCCUCCAUGCUUCACGGUGGGAACCACACAUGCAGAGAUAAUCCGUUCACCUACUCUGCGUCUCACAAAGACACAGCGGUUGGAAUAAAAAAUCUCACAUUUAGACUCAUCAGACCAAAGGACAGAUUUCCACCGGUCUAAUGUCCAUUGCUCGUGUCUCAUGGCCCAAGUAAGUCUCUUCUUCUUAUUGGUGUCCUUUAGUAGUGGUUUCUUUGCAGCAAUUUGACCAUGAAGGCCUGAUUCACGCAGUCUCCUCUGAACAGUUGAUGUUGAGAUGUGUCUGUUACUUGAACUCUGUGAAGCAUUUAUUUGGGCUGCAAUUUCUGAGGCUGGUAACUAUAAUGAACUUAUCCUCUGCAGCAGAGGUAACUCUGGGUCUUCCUUUCCUGUGGCGGUCCUCAUGAGAGCCAGUUUCACAAUUGCGCUUCAUGGUUUUUGCGACUGCACUUGAAGAAGCAUUCAAAGUUCUUGAAAUGUUCCGGAUUGACUGACCUUCAUGUCUUAAAGUAAUGAUGGACUGUCGUUUCUCUUUGCUUAUUUGAGCUGUUCUUGCCAUAAUAUGGACUUGGUCUUUUACCAAAUAGGGCUAUCUUCUGUAUACCACCCCUACCUUGUCACAACACAACUGAUUGGCUCAAACGCAUUAAGAAGGAAAUAAAUUCCACAACUUUUAACAAGGCACACCUGUUAAUUGAAAUGCAUUCCAGGUGACUACCUCAUGAAGCUGGUUGAGAGAAUGCCAAUAGUGUGCAAAGCUGUUGUCAAGGCAAAGGGUGGCUACUUUGAAGAAUCUCAAAUAAAAAAAUAUAUUUUGAUUUGUUUAACACAUUUUUGUUUACUACAUGAUUCCAUAUGUGUUAUUUCAUAGUUUUGAUGUCUUCACUAUUAUUCUACAAUGUAGAAAAUAGUAAAAAUAAAGAAAAACCCUGGAAUGAGUAGGUGUGUCCAAACUUUUGACUGGUACUGUAUAUAUAUAUAUGUGUCUUGUCAUUGCAAAAAGAACAGGGAUCUGGCUAGGACAGUAAUGAUCUCUCCUACAAUGUUCUCUACAGUAUCUACAUCAAAUCUUGUUCCCUUAUCAUGGUGUGAACUAGGGAUACAUGUAAUCCUGUUCCCUUAUCACAGUGUGAACUAGAGAGACAUCUAAUCCUGUUCCCUUAUCACAAUGUGAACUGGAGAGAGAACUAAUCCUGUUCCCUUAUCAUGGUGUAAACUGGAGAGAGAACUAAUCCUGUUCCCUUAUCAUGGUGUGAACUGGAGAGAGAACUAAUCCUGUUCCCUUAUCAUGGUGUGAACUAGGUAGAUAUCUAAUCCUGUUCCCUUAUCAUGGUGUAAACUAGGGAGAUAUCUAAUCCUGUUCCCUUAUCACGGUGUGAACUAGGGAGAUAUCUAAUCCUGUUCCCUUAUCACGGUGUGAACUAGGGAGAUAUCUAAUCCUGUUCCCUUAUAUCCCUAGUUCACACCAUGAUAAGGGAACAGGAUUAGAUAUCUCCCUAGUUCACACCGUGAUAAGGGAACAGGAUUAGAUAUCUCCCUAGUUCACACCGUGAUAAGGGAACAGGAUUAGAUAUAUCCCUAGUUCACACCAUGAUAUCUAAUCCUGUUCCCUUAUCAUGGUGUGAACUAGGUAGAUAUCUAAUCCUGUUCCCUUAUCACGGUGUGAACUAGGGAGAUAUCUAAUCCUGUUCCCUUAUCACGGUGUAAACUAGGGAGAUAUCUAAUCCUGUUCCCUUAUCACGGUGUAAACUAGGGAGAUAUCUAAUCCUGUUCCCUUAUCACGGUGUAAACUAGGGAGAUAUCUAAUCCUGUUCCCUUAUCACGGUGUAAACUAGGGAGAUAUCUAAUCCUGUUCCCUUAUCACGGUGUAAACUAGGGAGAUAUCUAAUCCUGUUCCCUUAUCACGGUGUAAACUAGGGAGAUAUCUAAUCCUGUUCCCUUAUCACGGUGUAAACUAGGGAGAUAUCUAAUCCUGAUCCCUUAUCACGGUGUAAACUAGGGAGAUAUCUAAUCCUGUUCCCUUAUCACGGUGUGAACUAGGGAGAUAUCUAAUCCUGUUCCCUUAUCACGGUGUGAACUAGGGAGAUAUCUAAUCCUGUUCCCUUAUCACGGUGUGAACUAGGGAGAUAUCUAAUCCUGUUCCCUUAUCACGGUGUGAACUAGGGAGAUGCAGCACCAGUAAAGGAGAAUACAUCACAAGGCUUCAGACCGGUUCAAGCCACUGAGAGGCAGACAUUUCCUAACUUCAAAAAGCUAAGGUAAGGAGUACUGGUUCCUUUUACAUUAUAAUACCCAGUUCUCAUACAGGUUAAAAAGAAAGGUGUCAAUACCGGUCUCAUUCCCCGUCUUCUAGGUUCCAAACCCAGCCGAGAGUUGGCCACGCCCAGGCAGGAGCCAUGGGGGGUGUUGCAGUGUGGGAUGAGAGUGAGGACAGUGAGGGGCCCUGCAGCACCGUGUGA